AUGUGGAUGCUCAUGCCCACUGCUUUUGCUGGGAGGCUGCUGAGUCUGCUCCGGCAGCCUCUGAUCUCCGUGAGGAGGAGUCUGCAGCUGCUGCUCUGCUGGCUAUGGGCAGCAUUACGGUCGCCAGGCACCGAGAGGGGACAGCAGCAGCAGAUCAGGGAAGAACCAGAGGAGACCAAUGAGGACAGAGAAGAAGAGGGCAUCCACCUGCCCACGAUCCCCACCAGUGUCAACUACCACUUCACACGCCAGUGCAACUACAAGUGUGGUUUCUGCUUCCACACGGCCAAGACGUCCUUCGUGCUGCCCCUCGAAGAGGCCAAGAGAGGACUGCUUUUGCUUAAGGAUGCUGGUAUGGAGAAGAUAAACUUUUCAGGCGGAGAGCCAUUUAUUCAGGACCGGGGCGAAUACCUGGGCCAGCUGGUCAAGUUCUGCAAAGAGGAGCUGCGCCUGCCUAGUGUGAGCAUUGUGAGCAAUGGGAGCCUGAUCCGGGAGAGGUGGUUCAAGAAUUAUGGUGAGUAUUUGGACAUUCUUGCCAUCUCCUGUGACAGCUUUGAUGAGCAAGUCAAUGUCCUCAUUGGCCGUGGUCAAGGAAAGAAGAACCACGUGGAAAAUCUUCAAAAACUGAGGACGUGGUGUAGGGAUUAUAGAGUCGCUUUCAAGAUUAAUUCAGUCAUUAAUCGAUUCAAUGUGGAAGAGGACAUGAAUGAACAGAUUAAAGCACUCAAUCCUGUCCGCUGGAAAGUCUUCCAGUGCCUCUUAAUUGAGGGGGAGAAUUCUGGAGAAGAUGCAAUAAGAGAUGCAGAAAGAUUUGUUAUUAGUGAUGAAGAAUUUGAAGGAUUCUUAGAGCGCCACAAAGAGGUAUCCUGUUUGGUGCCUGAAUCUAACCAGAAGAUGAAAGACUCCUACCUUAUUCUGGAUGAAUAUAUGCGCUUUCUGAACUGUAGAAACGGACGGAAGGAUCCUUCCAAGUCCAUCCUGGAUGUUGGAGUAGAAGAAGCUAUAAAAUUCAGUGGAUUUGAUGAAAAGAUGUUUCUAAAGCGAGGAGGAAAAUAUGUAUGGAGCAAGGCAGAUCUGAAGCUGGACUGGUAAAGCUGAAAGUGGAUCAAGAAUUCAACUCACCUGUGGGGAGAACUCCAGGUGCGGCUGCCAUGGUCUGCAAUACUAUGAAUUGUGCUGGUAUUUCUCAGUGGUUGAAAAUGUAACUUCCUGUUACACAUCACAUCUCAUUAUCUGUGGUCACUGGACAUACAAAUAACUUGGAUAACUGAAACCCAUAGAUAAUGCAAAACCAUCAACUUUCGUUCAUUGGCUUG